AUGGAAGAUGAUGCAGAAGUAGCCUACAGGCGGGUGAUAGAGGCAUUAGAAACGGCUACUGUCCCUCCUGAUCCGGAUGCUCCCAGUUGCCUUAUGUGGCGUUUAAGACCGAGCGAAGAAGCUGCUCUCGCAAUGCAGCGGUAUCUCCAUCCGCCUCCACGUUGGGGACUAAAUCUUAGUUUGUCUUCAAUGUUUUUGGGUAGUGAAAAGUGCAUCAGUAUAGGACGCAAAUUAAUUUUAAAUAAUACUGUCACUACAAUUGAUCUUUCAAUGUGUGAUAUGCAAGAUAAAGGAGCAGUGGAAUUUUUUUCUUGUUUAAAGCGAAAUAAAUGUUUAAAACACUUAAAUAUUGACGGUAAUUAUAUAGGUGAUAAGGGUGCAAUUGCCGCAGCAAAAUGUAUUCAAAAUUUGGAAACUCUGCAUAUGUCAUGUAAUGAUAUUCAUGAUGAAGGAGCGAUUGCUAUUGCUUCUUCUCUUAGACUUUCAUCUAAAAUCAAGACUAUCAAUUUGCGUGCUAAUCGUAUUACUUUUUAUGGUGCAUAUAAAUUGAUUGAUUCAUUAGAACCCGUUCUUCAUAGGAUUUCUUCGGAGAUUGCAGAAAAUAUUUCGAGAAGAGAAUCUUCAUUCGUUAUAGAGGGUGAUGAGACUACUAGUAUAUCAAGAAAAUCCUCAUCGCGAGGAGCGUUUGAGGGAAAUGGCGAUAUUGCUACAGAUAAUGCCCCAGAAGAAACGGUGGAAACAAAGGAAAUCAAUAAGGAUUCUCCUUUAGAGGUCUAUAAUGAAACACUUCAUACACUUUGGCUUCGAGAAAAUGUUGAUAUUCCCGAGGAAUUUUUUAAAAUUUUAGAUACCAUUCUAGUUAAAAGGUUUCCUCAACCCCCCAAGGGUCUUUCAAAGAAAAUGAAGAAGAGAGGGAAAGAGACUUCAAAAGGAAAAGGUAGAUAA